CUACCUUGCUUUGGGGUCCGGAAUGAAAUAAGCGGAAGAGCCGACAGACGGAAGAUUCGGCGGAAGCGGUCUGUCAGGGAAGAAACAUUUUCAGAAUUUGACACAAAGAAGCCUAAGGAUCUAAAACAUUUAAUAUUUCGAUAAAAACUUAUUCCCCAGUCCGCUGCAAUGAUUCUGCUAGAAAUCAACAACCGGAUUAUAGAAGAGACGCUGACGUUGAAAUUUGACGGUGCAGCCAAUGGAACUAAACCAGAGGCAGUGGAGGUGACAUUUGCAGAUUUCGAUGGUGUCCUCUACCACAUCUCCAACCCCGAUGGGGACAAGACCAAGCUGAUGGUCAGCAUCUCCCUUAAGUUCUACAAGGAGCUGCAGGAGCACGGAGCUGAUGAGCUGCUGAAGCGGGUCUAUGGGAACUUCCUGGUUUCACCCGAGGCGUGCUACAACGUGUCCCUGCUCUUUGACCUGGAUGCGGUCCCGGCCAAUAAGGAGGAAGUGAUCCACCAGGCGGGCAUGCUGAAGAGGAACUGCUUCGCCUCGGUGUUUGAGAAGUACUUCAAGUUCCAGGAGGAGGGCAAGGAGGGAGAGACGAGGGCCGUGGUCCACUACAGAGACGACGAGUCCAUGUAUCUGGAGGCCAAGAAGGACAGAGUGACAGUGGUGUUCAGCACUGUGUUCAAAGACGAUGAUGAUGUCAUCCUUGGGAAAGUAUUCAUGCAGGAGUUUAAGGAGGGUCGGCGAGCCAGUCACACUGCUCCCCAGGUUCUGUUCAGCCACCGGGAGCCGCCCCUGGAGCUGAAGGACACUGACGCCGCCGUUGGAGACAACAUCGGCUACAUCACCUUCGUCCUGUUCCCACGUCACACCAACGCCAACGCCAGAGACAACACCAUCAACCUCAUCCACACCUUCAGGGACUACCUGCACUACCACAUAAAGUGCUCCAAGGCCUACAUCCACACACGUAUGAGGGCUAAGACUUCUGACUUCCUCAAGGUGUUGAACAGGGCUCGACCCGACGCUGAGAAGAAGGAGAUGAAGACCAUGUCGGGCAAGACGUUCUCCCGCUGAGGCUGGUCCACACACGCACUCUGACCCCUGGACAUGCCCAAUCGUGCCACACUGAGACUCGACUCCACAUUGGACCGUAUCACAGGCCCCUAAAGCCCCGCCCAGCGCGUGUACAUCCUGUGUCUUUUUUAAAUAAAGUUGUCUCUUAGUAGAAAUCGAGGCUUAAACAAAUAAAAAGGGCAUUCCUUGCUUUGCAUAGUUAAAAGAUUAUUAUUAGUCCUAUAUAAAUAUAUAUAUAUAAAUAAAAAGUGAUGUUUUGAUACGA